UUUUUUUUACAGAAAAUUAUUUUUGUUUUCUCUAGAGGAGGUGUUUUCAACUCAGAAAAAUGAAUAAUUUUGAAAAUUCCCUACAAUUUGGGGAUAAACUUGAAAAGGAAACUGCAAAUCUAUCCUUACUAAAAGAACGAGUUAAAAAAUACAAUGAACUGACUGCUUCAAUGUCCAGCAUUCUAACAACAUUUGAACAAAGAUUAGGAAAACUAGAACAAACAGUUCUUCCUGUCUAUAACACAACUGAGCAUCUUCAAAAACGUCAACAAAAUCUAGAUGCAACACUUCAAUGCCUUGACAUUGUCCUAUCUCACUACGAAGUGUCCCAAUUGGUUUGUAAUCUCAUCCAUCAAGGCCCAAUUGAAGGCAAUAUCGGUGUGUUUCUUGAAGCACUCGAUAAACUACGCUCCGCAAUUGACUAUUUCAAAAACAACAACUCGCAAAGUGUUGAAUUGGAAAAUGUUAGUAGUUUAUUCAACACUGGUUGCGAAAGUCUUAGCAAUCACUAUCGAAUGCUUUUGAAGAAGCAUAGUUAUGUUCUAAAGCCGGUGGAUUUGCUUGAUUUAAUUUACAUCGAAGAUGACUCAUCGAAUGAAGAUUAUAUUUCGCUGAAACAACUUUCACAAAGUACUCGAGAUGAAUUGACAACUAUAUCACUUUGGUUGGAUCAGAAUUGUCGCAGAGAAUUCACUGUUAUUUAUGCAUCUGAGAGAAGUGAAAUUAUUUAUAGAUCUUUGCAGAAUUUGAAAGACCAUCAGAAGAGUGGUAGUUGGGGUAAUGAACCUUUGCGUGCUCGUCACAGCAGUCGCGUUGAACCUAAAAAAACAACAUCAGCUCGUUUGCAACAAAUUUUUGAAAAGAAGGCAAACAAACUUUAUCUCCGUGCUACUCAAACAAUCGAACAAUCAACUGGAUUUUCCAUUAAGAAAACUGUAUCACAUUCUGAUCAUCUUUCAUCUGAAGACUAUUUAGAUGGAGACCAAGAGUUAGACAAGUAUAUUGUCCUUCUCUUAGGUUUGCAACGUUUACUCGUGUGGGAGAGAAAUCUAAUGAAUGAUAUAAUUCCAUCAUCAAAACACACUGAAGUCUUUUCUAGAUUAGCUCAAAAUUCCAUUGAAUUGGUUGUAAAAGAUGCUGAGGCUAUCACAGGCAGAAUUCUUCGUUGUAUUUCCCGAAAGGAAUGGACAUCUGCUUUGGGAAUAUUCUCAGCUCUGAAACGUGUUAUUUUACUUCAACCAGAUAUCGAAAGGACUUGUGAUCCUCAUCAAAAGGAACAGCUAACUAAAGUUCUAAAUCGUCUUCAACAAACCGGUUCCAAAGCACUUGAGCACUUCCUAGAGGUUGUAAAAGGCGAAUCUGGUACUAAUUUAGUGGGAAUGAGCUCAAGCACACUUGGCUACUCAACAGUUCCUAAAGAUGCUACUGUUCAUGAACUGACAUCGAAUACAAUUUGGUUUGUUGAGCAUCUUUUUGAACAUUUCGAUGUUAUUGGAGAAAUACUGCAGCAUGAUGUGCUUUAUUCAACUCAACUCGAUACUAUUUUGAUGAAAAAGUCUUUGAUGCCAGAAGACAAGAACAAGGCACUUCUUGCCAUUUAUAUAAAAAAAGCAUUAGCUGAACUAAAUCUUACAAUAAUGAGCAAAUGUGAGCAGUACAGUGAUCAAGCAACCAAACAUCUAUUUCGCCUAAACAAUAUUCAUUAUAUUCUUAAAUCCUUGCAAAGAUCAAAUCUAAUUGAUUUAGUAACAUUGGCUGAACAAGAAUGUGAACGCAGUUAUAACGAUAUGAUUCGUGAACUGAAAUUUUCAUAUCAAAAAACUUGGUCAAAAAUGCUGGGAAGUAUUUCAUCGAUGGAUGAAUUACCAAAACCAGUUCAUGGAAAAAUUAAAGAUAAAGAUAGGGCCAUUUUAAAGGAAAGAUUUUCUACAUUUAAUAAAGACUUUGAAGAGGCAUGUAAAAUACAAAGAGGAAUUUCUAUACCAGAUGUUAUAUUGAGAGAAGGAAUUAAACGCGAUAAUGCUGAACAUAUUUUGCCCAAAUACAAUAAGUUUUAUGAAAUGUAUGUUUCGGUGCAAUUUAGUAAAAAUCCAGAGAAAUACAUCAAAUACAGACCCCACGAAGUUAAUGCAAUGCUAAGUAAAUUAUUCGAUGACUCUGCUUAAAAAAAUCACUGCCGUAUAUUAUUUUUACAAAAAAAAAAAAAAACAAAAUUAAAACGAUUCCAAUACCA